GCUUAUUUACUCACUUCAGUGUAGUUUGGAUGACAGGUUUAUAAGUGUUAGCUUUAUGUUACAUGUUGAUUUUAAAUCGCGCAAAAGAGCAGAACGUCGUUACUGUCUAUAACCUGAAAAAUUACUGGGAUUAAUUCUGAGGCCGGAGGAGCAGCGGACCACUGGGAGUUUUAAACCGAGCUAGAGGGCUCAUCUUCGGUUGAGCCUCACUCUGUUGCGCGGUUAGCUUAGCAAGUUAGCCUAUCUGAAGCGCACCUGUAAAGAGACGAUGGCGCACACAGGAGCACCUCCUAGGUGGCUAAACUGCCCUAGAAGAGGACAACCUGUAGCUGGUAAAUUCUUACCAAUGAAAACGAUGCUGGGUAUCAGAUAUGACGACACAGUACCAGAAGAGAACAGGUUCCAUCCGAGCAUGCUGUCCAACUACCUUAAAAGUCUGAAGGUGAAGAUGGGCUUGCUCAUUGAUCUGACGAACACCACACGCUUUUACGAUCAAGCGGACAUCGAAAAAGAUGGAAUCAAAUAUGUAAAGCUUCAGUGCAAAGGACAUGGAGAAUGUCCUGCUCAAGAGACUACAGAGAUGUUCAUUAGGAUAUGUGAGCACUUCAUACAGAAGAAUCCCACUGAACUCAUAGGUGUUCACUGCACCCAUGGCUUCAACCGAACAGGCUUUUUGAUCUGCGCCUACCUGGUGGAGAAAAUGGACUGGAGCGUCGAGGCUGCGGUGGCAGCGUUCGCUCACGCUCGCUCUCCCGGCAUCUAUAAACAAGACUACCUAAAGGAACUCUUUCGGCGCUACGGCGACGUGGACGACGCUCCCGCCGCCCCAGAACUCCCCGUCUGGUGCUUCGAAGACGGCAGCGACAACGUGGACGAUGACGGUAACAUGAUCGCUCAGGACUCCGGCCCGAGCUCGUCCGGCUCCAAUCCGGGCAGGAAGAAAAAAGAAAAGCUGAAACUGGGAGCUGUGUUUCUGGAAGGUGUCUCAGUUAAAGGUGUGACUCAGCUGACAUCACAACCCAAGCUGGGACAGGUACAGCGGAGGUGCCAGGAGUACUGCGAGUGGCAAAAGUCUGGGUUUCCCGGUGCUCAGCCCGUGUCCAUGGACAGGCGCAACAUUCGCUUUGUAGAGCAGAACGGCUACAAGGUCAGCUGGAAGGCAGACGGAACACGGUACAUGAUGCUAAUCGAUGGAAAAGAGGAAGUGUACAUGAUCGACAGGGACAAUUCUGUCUUUCAUAUCUCUAACCUGGAGUUUCCCUACAGGAAGGACAUGAAAACCCACCUCUCCAACACACUGCUGGAUGGGGAGAUGAUUGUCGACAAAGUGAACGGCCAGCCAAUUCCACGCUAUCUCAUCUACGAUAUUAUCAAAAUUAGCGGCCAGCCGGUGGGUCAGUGUGACUUCAGCAGACGCCUCCUGUGUAUAGAGAAGGAAAUCAUCUUCCCACGCUCCGAAAAAAUCAAGAUGGGACUGAUCAACAAGACCAAGGAACCUUUCAGUGUUAGGAACAAGCCUUUCUUCGACCUUCACGCUGCUCGCAAGCUGCUCGAGGGCACUUUUACCUCUCAGGUCAGUCACGAAGUGGACGGUCUCAUCUUCCAACCCAUUGGGAAGUAUAAGCCGGGCCGCUGUGAUGACAUACUGAAGUGGAAACCACCCAGUCACAAUUCUGUCGAUUUUCGACUCAAGAUCUCCAAGGUUGGAGGGGAAGGGUUGGUCUCUCAGACGGUGGGUCUGCUGUAUGUUGGCAACUAUGACAUGCCCUUUGCACAGAUGAAGGCGACAAAAGACCUGAAGCAGUACGAUAACAAGAUCAUCGAAUGCACGUUCAAAAAUAACUCCUGGGUCUUCAUGAAGCAGAGAGUAGACAAAAGCUUCCCCAACUCAUAUGACACAGCGAUGGCUGUGUGCAACAGCAUCAAGCAUCCAGUCACAAAGGAAAACCUGCUGGAGUUUCUGGACCGUUGUGUCCAGUGCCAGAGUCGCAAGCAUCCCGCAGAUCCUGACGCCCAUCUCAUGCCCCCUCCACCACCAAAAAGACCCAAUCAUGGCUUGCCGUGACUCUUUUGCAUCUCGGAUUUGGUUUGUUCUGGUGUAGCAGAUUUUUUUAAAUGUUUGAAUUCUGAGCUUUUUCUCUUCCUGAAACAUCUACCAGACGCUGUGUGGUUUUGAAACUGUGGAGACCUUGUCUGUGUUUCUUACAAGCUAAAGCAAGGUCUUGAUUGAUAAUAAACUAUACAAACAUUUCCUGUUUAUGUUUAUUUCUUUUUGUAUUUAUUUUACCUUGCAUUUAAUCUGGUCUCUUUGAGGACAUGUUCAAAGAGAAGCCUUCCAAAGCUCGAGUCUAGACGACUGUCUGGAUUUGAUUAAUUCUGAAGUGAAAUGAGUUUGCAGUCUGCUGUUAUUUUUUCUUUAUGUUUGCUUUGUGUAUGUACUUAUUGCUUACAGAACUCAUCAGUGAUGAUGUAGCUUGACCAAUGGACUGUACCACUGUAAAUAAAAGUGUGUGGGGGUGGCUGGCGUGCAGUAAAUGUAAAUGACGUGUGUGUCA